AUGAUCUCCACAUCGAACCGGGGGGAGCUACCCGCUCCGUCCCGGAGACAGGCCGUGGCCGAGGCGGCCUCCUCCCGGGUGGUGCCGAAACCGGUCCCGCAAACCCAAAGCAAGGAUGCGAGGACGUACCAGCUGGGCCAGAUCCGGAAGCGCUUCUCGCCGCAGGAAUCGACGCUUCCCAACGGGACGACGUCUCUCGUCUUCGGCCUCGUGCCGUCCGAUCCGGACUUCCCAUUCGAAUUGAAUCAGCUGGACUGCGAGCUGCAGGUCCCGCAGACUUACCCCAAGGCAGCUCCUCAGCUGCGUGUCAGGAAUAACAACAUCCCUCGGGGCUUCGGCAUCAAUGUCGAAAACGGCUGGGACAAGCUCGUCCAGGAGAAGAGGGGUGCCUCCCUGCUCGCCCUGACCAACGCCUUGGACAGGAACUUGGAAGCCUUUUUAUCCGAGCAAAAGGCUGACACUGUCAAGUUGACAAUAUUCAAAGACACCCGGCACCUAGACCAGCUGGAAGAAACAGCAUCAACCGUGCUGACCGCCCCUCCUGUCGCGCAGGCAGCGGCGGCACCGCGGAGGACCUACGUCCCGGAGGAGUCUUUUACGCGCGAGCAGAUCGCAGAGGCAAAGGCAAGGCGUGCUCAGGAGGUGAGGCAGAUCGAGUCGCGGAUGGGCCGCGUUGCUCUCUACCAGAGGUCUAGUGAUGGCAUCAUCUACACGCUCCCGCUGGAGCCCAAACGGCGGUCAUCGCUACCCCCGGGCCUGCAGGCAGUCAAGUCGUUUCAGCUCAUCGUGCCUCUGCUAUAUCCUCUGCAGGAGAUCAGGAUACUCCUGAACGAUGUCGAGUCCGAGGAUGCGGAGCUCGUUGAGGAGCUGUUCGCCAAGAAGGCCAACGAGCAAAAGCAGAUGACGCUGAUGAGCCAUAUCAACUACCUAGCUCAGAACCUGCACCUUCUGGCAAAGCAGGUGGAUGAAGCCAGAGCAAUCGCCGCGAACAUACGGGCGACGGCACUGUCACAGGAGGCGAAGGAGCCUGUAAAGAGCGAGGAAGAGAGCAGCCAUAUCAAAGUCAUCCCGCGGCCUCCUGAAUGGGCUUACGGUGGAGACUUUGAUGGGUCAAGUGGUGAAGAUGAAGAGGACUACGAUUCCGAUGAGGACGGGGACGAGGAAGGAGGCGCCGCCGUAGGGGGCAGCGAUGGACAAAGUGCUCUCGCUCAAGGGCCAGAGCGAGGAACAGCCCUAUCGUUCCCGUCCAUCGAGCUACACGGCAUCGAACUUCUGCAGGUGUCGGUGCUCAGCAUCAGCGUCAAGUGCCAGAGGUGCAAGACGGCCAACGAGGUUGGCGGCUUGAAGCCCAACGUCGAGAAAUCCGAGAGCUGCAAGAAGUGUGCCACAGCGUUCACCGUCACGUUUCGGCCCGAGCUCGUGCAUGCAAACUCGACCCGGGCCGGCUUCAUUGAUACUUCGGGUUGCACGGUGAACGACAUGCUACCAAGCACCUUUGUCCCCACCUGCGGCAAGUGCUCGACGGCAUCGCCGGGCCUAGUCUCGGUCCGCGGCGAGACCACGACCAACGUCUGCCGCGAGUGCCACGCCCGCUUCACCUUCAAGAUCCCCGACGUGCGCUUCCUCGUCUACGCGCCGGGGUCGGGCGCCCUGCCGCCGCCGUCGAGCCCGCGCCGGCGCACCGAGAAGCUGGGCCUGCACGUGGGCGAGCCGCUGCCGGACCGGGGCGCCUGCGCGCACUACCGGCGCAGCUACCGGUGGUUCCGGUUCAGCUGCUGCAGCAAGGUGUACCCCUGCGACCGGUGCCACGACGCGGCCGAGGGCCACGUCGUCGAGUGGGCGAACCGCAUGAUCUGCGGGUGGUGCUCGCGGGAGCAGAACUACAGCGUCGAGAGCUGCUCGUUCUGCGGGCGCAGCGUCAUCGGCAAGAGGGGCAAGGGGUACUGGGAGGGCGGCAAGGGCACGCGUGACCGGGUGCUCAUGAGCAGGAAGGAUAAGAGGAAGUACAGGCGCGUUGGGGGAGGAGGAGGAGGCGGGUGA